UCGACGUAGCAGCAAGCACAGCAAAUAAGAUGUUUACCAACAGGGGUCUCACAUUCGCGUUGAUUGUGCUCGCUGCCUUGGCGUGGCAGCAGCUGGUGGCCAGUAAGAUCGCCUAUAAGAAGCCCAUUUAUGGCAAGACAAACUAUAUUAAGGAGAAGCGAUAUAAGCUUAAAGGGGAUCCAUUGCCCAAAAGUAUUACGUCCACAUCGACGACGACGACAACGACUUCGCCAUCAUCGACUUUGCCAUCAUCGACUUCCAUAAGCAGUUCCACAAGCACGGCGGCGCCCUCUACAGCGCUGGAUGAGUCUGGUUCAGUAGAGUUCAUCAUAAAGACAACGCCAAGAGCAGUGAGCACAGCCGCGGUGGGAUUGGCGGCAUCUGCAGCUGAGGCUAGUGGCACAACCACUGAGGCCACUGCCGAUGAAGAGAACAGCAGCGGCAGCACCAGUCGUAAUGAUGAUAGUAGCAUAACAGCCACAACAGCCGACUUCUUGAGUACAACGCCUAGUAAUAUGAUCAGCACCUUGCCCUUGCCUCCAACGCCAGCAAUGGCAGCACUUCCGUUGGUGCAGCAGACACCACUAGGGGACAAACGACCGAGCAAUCAGCCUGUGCCCUGCACCUGCGGCGUGUUUCUAUCCUCGCAAAUACACAAUGGUGUGCCGGAAAAUCCACUGAUAUUGAACGAGCUGGAUCGCGUGUAUCCCUGCAAUCCAAUCGGAAGAAAACAAUGUCAGACCAAAUGCCUGGAAGCGAUUGUGCAACAUUUGCCCAACUCGGCGAAUAUUGUGUGCGGCACACUAGGACACGAUUGUCACAAGGAGCGUGCCUAUUUGUUCAUCAAGAAUUGCCAGAAUCAGUGGUGGAACACGAAUCUGCAAGCGGGACGAGAAUACUGUUGCAAGGAUGGUGUGCCGUAUCGCUGUCCCUUACUGGGUUGAUGAUUGGUAGCAUUACAUUGAUAGUGUCUAUGAAAAUAAAGAGAAAACUACCAAAA